GAGAGAUCAUGUUCAACUAAGAGCCUAGAAAGAGACAAUACCCAUUCUACAGAAUGGAUGGAGGCGACAUCAGAGAAUGCUGGGAUAGAGAGAAAUCCCUGGAAAGAUAUUACCUUUCCACCAUGUACACGUUGGAGUUCAUAUUUGGCAUCAUUGGCAACAGCAUUGUUGUUUUUGGGUACAUCUUCUGCCUCAAAACCUGGAGAAGUGGCAACAUCUACCUGUUCAAUUUGUCGCUGUCGGAUUUUUCAUUCCUUUGCACACUCCCAUUGCUGGUGUCAAGUUACUCUCAAGGGAAUUGGUCCUAUGGGAAAUACUGGUGUCAAGCCAACAGGUUUCUCCUGCAUGUCAACUUAUAUACAAGCAUCCUCUUCCUUACUGUUAUCAGCAUGGACAGAUACCUGCUCAUGAAGUAUCCCUUCAGAAAUCACUUUCUGCAGAAGAAAAGCACAGCUAUUGUUUUAUCAAUCGCCAUAUGGGUCGUGGUUACAUUGAAACUGACGCCCAUGUUUACUUUCCUCAAUGGCCAGAAAAAUAAUAGCAGCGACAGCCUAUGCAUGGAUUAUGCAAGCUCAGGAGUUGCAAAAGACAGCCUAAUCUAUAGUAUGAUAUUGACAGUCACUGGAUUCAUAAUCCCAUUGUGCGCCAUGUGCUAUUUUUACAGGAAAACACAUGCCUUCAUCAAAAGCCGCAGCGCAGAGCUCACUGCUGCCCUGACUCUAGAGAAACCUCUCACCUUGAUUGUCAUGGCUGUGGCCAUCUUUUCUCUGCUCUUUAUUCCCUAUCACAUCAUGCGCAAUGUUAGGAUCGCCUCCCGGAUGCAGUCUUGGAAGCGUCCCUCGUGCGGCAAGGACCUUAUCAGUAUGAUUUAUACUGUUACAAGGCCCAUUGCCUUUUUGAACAGUGUAAUUAACCCCAUCUUUUACUUCUUAAUGGGGGAUCACUUUAGGGAGAUGCUGGUGAGUAACGCAAGGUAUCUCUUUAAAAGGGUCACGCCUUGGUACAAAUGAUGUUAAAUGCACUUCUUGGACUGAUGGGAACUGAGUGGAAGGCUGAAGAGCUUUGGCUCGUUGGUGCACAACAUUUUAUGACUGCUUGGGAUUCGGAUGCUAUGCCACAGUCUAUGUAUGGAAGUGAGAGCUGGACCAUAAAGAAGGCUGAUCACUGAAGAAUUGAUGCUUUUGAAUUAUGGUGCUGGAAGAGACUCUUGAGAGUCCCAUGGACUGCAAGAAGAUCAAACCUAUCCAUUCUGAAGGAAAUCAGCCCUGAGUGCUCACUGGAAGGACAGAUCGUGAAGCUGAGGUUCCAAUACUUUGGCCACCUCAUGAGAUGAGAAGACUCCCUGGAAAAGACCCUGAUGUUGGGAAAGAUGGAGGGCACUAGGAGAAGGGGACGACAGAGGACGAGAUGGUUGGACAGUGUUCUCAAAGCUACCAGCAUGAGUUUGACCAAACUGCGGGAGGCAGUGGAAGACAGGAGUGCCUGGCGUGCUCUGGUCCAUGGGGUCACGAAGAGUCGGAAACGACUAAACAACAACAAAUCCCCCUUAAAGCACUUGAGUCCAAGUGCCUGUGCAAAGCUGCACUCAGAUUAAACUGAGAAGAGUAAUGAAGCCCCACACCACUGCCCCUGCCCCUGCCUGGAUAGCUCAGUUGGUUAGAGCAUGGUGAUGAUAACACUAGGGUUGCAGGUUCAAUCCCCAUAGGGGGCAGCUGCAUAUUCCUGCAUCACAGGCAGUUGGACUCGAUGAUCCUCAGGGACCCUUCCAACUCUACAAUUCUAUGAUUCUAUGACAUCACGCGGCCAAGCUAGCCUGGCUCCUGACAUCUCCACUAGGAAUGUGGCUAUCUGGAUACAGGUGGAUCUGGAAAGUGCCUAGAAACUUCAAUUGAUGCAGGAUGAAGUCGCCAGGCUGUUGACUGGUUUCAAUGUUUAAAGCUUUAUAUAGGGGAAGACCUGGAUAAUGAAACAACCUGGCAUCUUAUAAGACUGUGGUCUCCCAUGCAACUUGACCAUCAACGGAGAUCUGUGCACAACAGACCUUUGGGAGGUUAGGCAAGUGGGUUCUGUCGAGCAGAAUUUUCAUUGGUGGCCACUGCAAUUACGGAGCUCUGUGUAAAUGUUUGCCUUAUGUCAUCAUUGCUAUCUUUUAGACGCCAGGCCAAUUCCAUCUUCCCAAUUGUAAAUGGUAUUCAUGAUUGUUAUUGUGAGUCAGCUCCCUUUGUUUGUAUAUAUUGCUGGUAUUUUAUAUGACCUGUUUUUAUAUAUCUUGCAGCUGCUACCCACAUGUUCAAUGAACACAUAUAGGGUGGGGCACCUUUGUUGUGGGGCAUCUUUGCAGACGUGCCCUUCCCCACCCUGUACUUGAAUGCUUGAGAGUGUGGCCUGCAUGUAUGAAAUGGGCUAUUUUAUUUAUUGAUUUUGUAUGCUGCCUUUGGGGCUUUUAAGUGUAGAGAUUUCUUAAAUAAACACUGUUGAGAACUAGCUUGCUUCUACUCCUAA